AUGAGGUCACGUGAUGCUAAACCGGGGACUCGGAGAAACCUAGUCCCGUCUGGCUCUAGCGCGAAUGGCUGCGGAAAGGAACAUCCCCAAGGGCCUCCAUUCAGCUCUGUCGCUCCAGUAAAUUCAGGUCGGCGUUCCUUGCCCAUCUUACCCAUUCACCCGUCGGUAUGGCUAGGAAACUUCGUGCGGCUGCUCAAGCAGCUGCGCAAUCAAUGCGUACGGAAUGCCGCCCCUCCGCUCCCCGAUGCCUCGGACGAGGAGAUGAUCGAAGCACCCCCAUCGCGUGGAUCAUCGCCAGCGAUGGAAGAUCCAGGAGAUGCUUCGGAUAAGGAUCCUGAGGCGGAAGCCCAGGCAGAACCCAGCCAGGAGGAAGAGACAGCCGCAACACCCGCCCAGGAUUCAAACCCUCCAUCGCGCGGCGACACUCCUUCACGCAUGGGUGGCCGCAUGUCAGCCAUCCCGCGAAAGCGCCGCAUAGGUCGUCCCCCGAAGAACCGUCCCCCAGACUGGGAUGCGCCUGAUGACGGCGCCCCUCAGACACCGAUCCAUACGUCCACGCCGGUCAAGCGCAGACGUGGUCGUCCCGCUGCUAGUGGUGGAAGGUGGGCACGUAACCGAGGCCCGUCGCAUGUUACCCAGGUUCCGAUCGACAAGGAGGGGAACAUGAUGGACGUUAUCGACGACGAAGUUGCCCUCCCAGACGACCCCGAGGGCGAGACGAAGGUGGACAAGAACGGCAAUCUACUGGGCGAUCGAGAAUAUAGGGUCCGUGUGUUUACGAUUUUCAACCGUGGAGAUCGCAAAUACAUGUUGUCUACUGAGCCUGCGCGAUGCAUUGGUUUCAGGGACUCGUACCUUUUCUUCCAGAAGCACAAACUACUGUAUAAAAUCAUCAUCGACGACGAGGCGAAACGCGACCUCAUUGAACGGGAAAUUAUCCCCCACUCUUACAAAGGCCGAGCUAUCGGUGUCGUCACCGCUCGGUCUGUCUUCCGCGAAUUCGGCGCAAAGAUUAUCGUUGGUGGAAAGAAGGUCACCGAUGAUUACCAUACACAGGCCGCGAGGGAGCGUGGAGAUGUCGAGGGCGAACUUGCCGUCCCUGAAGAUAAGCUCCCUCCUCCAGGCGAACCUUACAACAAGAACCAGUAUGUAGCCUGGCACGGUGCCAGUAGUGUCUAUCACACCAGCGCCCCGUCGGUGCCUUUGCCCACCGGAAAGGCGGUGGAUUCGAAGAAGCGCAAGGUCACGGUUACUGGCGAUAACUGGAUGCUCGAACAUGCUCGAGAGGCAAGCAACUUCAACUCGCUCAUAUCGCUUGCGCGCCGCGAAAACCUUGAAGGACAGUACGACAUCCAUACAAACGUCAUGCAGUACCCCAAGAUCAUGCAACCGACUCAUGCCCGCUGGGAGCGUCUGCCUCCUCCCGACCCUCGAGUUGCAACCAAAUUAGCUCAGGGCAUGUCCACGUUGAGCCUGACGAACGGCACCGGCGAAGCAGAGCCAGCUUCUGCGGACAAAGAAGCCCAGGAACCCAGCGACAGCCAAACCGAACAUCAAACCACCGAGUCUACCCUCUUCUCCUCAGUUCCGGCUGCGCUUUCCCGCCGAUUUGCCAUUCAUGACAUUCAGUUCGAAUCUUCGCCGUAUUCCAACCUGGGCGUUCCCGGCCCAGACGGCGAUGUGCACGAUCUCGGCUCCAACGGCCUCAUCAGUGUCGCAGACUCCGCAAAUCCCGAGUUUACGAGCCCCGAAAUCCUGGAGGAACUUCCUCCUGAGUGCAAGGAAGCCCUUAUCGAGGCGGCUGCGCAAGAGUGGGAAUGGAAAUCCAAGUGGUGCCACGAAGCGAACGACGGGGCUCGCGCCAAAUUACUCAAGAGUUACGCUUGGUUUCCAUGA